GUUAUUUUUUUUUUUAAUAACCACUGAUACAUGAGCUACAAAUUCAUAUGUUAAAUAAAAAUGUGUCAAACAUGUACAUACACACACACACACACACACGGCGGGGGGUGCAAAGGGGGCCUUCGGCCCCUCUUCCUCACCCGCCCCGUUUCGUUGCGCGUGGAAAACUGGAAAGUUGCAAACCCAUCCGGAAUCUUGCUUAUCUAUCGCCUCCGUGACAGAUUUCCUAACCUAAAUUAUUGUCAAAUUUAACAAUUUAUAUCUCGCUCCACAAGGCAGAGUGACGAUUUUUUCAAAUAGAAAAGUUGUUUCUCUUGCAAAAACGCGUCGAUUAAAUCUUUUUUCAUCGAUAUCGGAGUUGAGUGCAUAUAUGUAGUAGUUUUACCAAGAGGACAUGCACACGAAUUUUUGAGUUUGUGGCCCAAAAUCAACCUCAAAAGCAAUUCAAACAAUUGAUUCAUCAUCUCAUUUGAUCCUGUAUUAUAAAUUAAAAAAUGGAUGCAGCUUUGAAUUCAAAAUGUGCUGAUCUGUUUGUUAAUGACUGGAUAAAUAAUUCCCACGAAAUUUUAUAUGAACAUGUACAAUCAAUCAAUGAUGAGACCAAUAAUGUCAUCUUACGAUUUAAAACAAUCCAAGCACCUAUUGUUAAAGCAGCUUUUAAAGUAUAUGAACAUUUGAAAGAACAUUUGAAACCGCAAAAAGUAAGAAAACACACCAAAUAUAUGGCUAUCAUGUUAUAUGACGAGUUUUUGCAUAAAUAUUUCAUAAAACUGUGUAAGACUCGGCUCGUAAAUGGCCCACUAGAAGAGCAGUGGGAUAAUAUUUACAAUGAAAUUAUAAAUAAAACAAAAUUACAUUUAUUGUCAUGUUUUCAAUUGGCUUUAAAAAUGGAUAAAGCUUGUGCUAUAAUAGAAAUAUCUGAGAUUCUUAAUCUCUUAAAUGUGGAUCAUGAAGAAACAUAUACAUACGAUGCAAUAAUCGCUGCUGAAUAUGAUGUGUUCAGAACAGUAGAUUUUAAAAUGCCAUUGAAUACACCAAUAACAUGUGUCGAGACUCUUCUAGCAGCAGCAAAUUUGGAAAGCAAAAUAUAUCGUAAAACUGCGGCGGUGUUGCUGGAUAUAUCAUUUUUACAGUGGGAAGAAUUAUAUUCACAGUUUCAAGAAAAAACACAGAAACAUGUAGAAUCCAUUAAUUUAAAGAAAUCAACAUUCCUGAGGUUAAAUAUACUUUUCCUAAGUGCUGCAGUAGUGACUUGCACAACAUUCUUUCACAACAAUGACGCUACGAAACAUGUUGUGGAAAUAUUAGCAGAAAAGUCUUUAUCAAGGAAAACCAAUAUUAUGAUCAUGGCCAAUAUAUUGUUCCAAAUGGCGAUAGAAAAUUAACAAAUAAAUGUAUUAUAUAAAAUAUAUAAGGUGCUCAGCGUAAUACAACGUGUGUGUGUUUAAGGUAACAAUGCACGAUUUUGUAGACAAUUUUGAUGCUUUAAAGAAAAAGUUACAAGGUAAAUUUUCAAUUCCUUCAUAUAGGCUAUAACGU